AUGACACGAGUAUCUACGAAUGAGAGCAAGAUAUUAUCAACAGCAGAGGGGGUUGACGACGAUGAAAGCUCUCCGGCUAAAAGCAGGACGCCCAACGAGGCAUCGGCUUCGUCAGAAGAUCAUAGAGCUCCCGUCGAAGAAAAUUCCCCCCAGAGGACCCCAACACAAGAUGUAGAGCAUGGCUCUGGAGACGAAACCCUAUGUAACAAUGAAAACAAACUCAUCCAACACCAACAAAAUCUCAGAACUUUAACCAGCCCCGUUGAACCAGGAGUCGAUCCCAUUGAACCAGGAGACCAUACCAUUGAACCAGGAGUCAAUCCCAUUGAACCAGGAGUCCAUACCAUUGAACCAAGAGUCAAUACCAUUGAACCAG